CACUCCCCUCUCCAUACACACACACCACACACACACACACACACACACAAACAUACCACACAUAUUCUCGCACAUACAUACUCGUACGCUCAAGUAUACAAUUAUAUAGACAUAUAACGCACGCCAACCAUGGUCAAGGAACUCCCUGAGGCGGUGGGCUCGGUGGUCUCGCCCGGUCAGGUCGUGGGUAAGCUCGACGACGCCUCGCUCCGGCUUGGCUUUGGCCUGCUGCAGGACGGCAAGAAGGUGAAGGCGACCAAGGCGGGUGUCUUGCGCAUUGCUGGUGGCAGGGUGGUGCGCAAGCGAGUGGCGAAUGACGGCAAAGAGGGCAAGGGCAAGAGCGAGGCCGGCGCAUCAUCAGAGACCGAGACGAGCGAGAACAAGGCCGUGGUGGUGAUCAAGAAGGAUAGCCCGACCGCGACCAUCAUAUUCUGGGUGGAUGCGGCGCAGAAGCGGUACGUGCCGGCGCGGGAGGAUGCGGUGGUUGGCGUGGUCACCGCGCGGCGCGGCGAGAACUACGACGUCGAUCUGGGCUCAGCCUUUCCGGCUGCGCUCUCGCUGCUGGCCUUUGAGGGCGCGACCAAGCGCAAUCGCCCGCAGCUGGAGGUCGGCGACCUGGUGUACGCGCGGGUGACGCUGGCGGACAAGGAUAUGGAUCCGGAGCUCGAGUGCGUCGAUGCCAAGGGCAAGUCAGCUGGCUACGGCCCGCUUGCCGACGGGUAUGUGGUCAACACCUCGCUCUCGCUCGUCCGGCGACUGUUCAAUCCCAAAUGUGCAGUCCUGGCUGCACUCGGUGCUCGCCUCCCGUUCGAAGUGGCGCUGGGCCUCAACGGGCGGGUCUGGAUCGACUCGGCGAGUCCGCUCCAUACCAUUGUCAUCGCCAAUGCCAUCCUCAACUCGGAGUUUCUCACCGAUGCCGAGGUCACCGUCAUGGUCAACCGCCUCCUGGCCAAGCUUGGUUAAACUACCCCCCCCCC